AAGUGGCGCAGUGUCCCGUCUGGAGGCAGAGAGGGCGAAGUUUCAGUCUCUGCAUUGCAGCCCGAGCGCUGCUGCCGGAAUCCAACACAACAAUGGCGACUCCCAGUCCUGACAGCAACUCCACAAGCUCCAGCAACAGCAGCAACAUCGUAGGAUCCACGUUGCACCAACUUCACCAGCAGACACAGAGCAGCAGCAUGCAAGAAACCAACACCUGCUGGAGAUGUCAAAAUGAAACAGGGUUUCAGAUAAGCCUGUCUGGAGUUUCCCAAAGCAAACGUAAAGCUCUGAAGCUGAAUUUCGCCAACCCUCCAGUGAAACCAACCUCCAGGCUCCCACUCAAUCCAACGGCUCCCUCUUUCCAAAACCCUCAUAUAGAGCGUCUGCGGACGCACAGUAUCGAGUCGUCGGGGAAGCUGAAGAUCUCCCCGGAGCAGCAUUGUGACUUCACCGCAGAGGAUCUGAGAGACCUCGGGGAGAUUGGUCGCGGAGCGUAUGGCUCCGUCAACAAGAUGGUCCACAAACCCACAGGCCAGAUCAUGGCUGUUAAGAGGAUUCGCUCCACUGUGGAUGAGAAGGAGCAGAAGCAGCUGCUGAUGGAUCUUGACGUGGUGAUGAGGAGUAGCGACUGUCCCUACAUUGUUCAGUUCUACGGCGCUCUCUUCAGAGAGGGGGACUGUUGGAUUUGUAUGGAACUUAUGUCUACCUCAUUAGACAAAUUCUACAAAUAUGUAUAUUGUGCAUUAGAUGACGUCAUUCCAGAGGAAAUAUUAGGCAAAAUAACAUUAGCGACCGUUAAAGCACUGAACCACUUAAAAGAAAACUUGAAAAUAAUUCACAGAGACAUCAAACCUUCCAACAUUCUAAUGGACCGAAAGGGUAAUAUCAAGCUGUGUGAUUUCGGCAUCAGUGGUCAGCUGGUGGACUCCAUAGCCAAGACCAGAGAUGCAGGCUGCAGGCCUUACAUGGCACCUGAAAGGAUAGACCCCAGUGCUUCCAGACAAGGCUAUGAUGUCCGGUCUGAUGUGUGGAGCUUGGGAAUCACCCUGUAUGAGCUGGCCACAGGAAGGUUUCCUUACCCCAAGUGGAAUAGUGUUUUUGAUCAGCUGACACAAGUGGUGAAAGGAGAGCCUCCUCAGCUCAGCAACUCAGAGGAGAGGCAGUUCUCCCCCAAGUUCAUCAACUUUGUUAACCUAUGCCUUACAAAGGAUGAAUCAAAAAGGCCAAAGUACAAGGAGCUUCUGAAACACCCCUUUAUUCUGAUGUAUGAAGAGCGUUUCGUGGAUGUCGCCAGUUACGUAUGUCGCAUCCUGGAUCAGAUCCCCGCCUCUCCUAUCUCACCUAUGUAUGUGGACUGACUGAGCUAGGCUGGGGAGUGGGGCGGGAGGUCACCCAACAUGCAGUGGGUGGGACACUAAGCUUUGUGAUGCGAUGCUUGACAUCUUAGCCCUCAGUUACGUAGGAUCACCUGUUUAUUAACUUGUUCCAAAGAAAAAAAGGAACUAAGUCCAAAUUGCCCGGUGCAAUAAGAUGAAUAUUGUUAAGCAAACCCUUCCACCUCCCAUCGCCUCAUUUAAAGUCAGUGAAACCCAAACUAUCAUCAUCCAUCUUCAACCAGAAAAACUUGAAGACAUGACAUUGUCUUAGUAAAAUGCAAUGCAUCUUUUUAUGUGAGGAAAAAGGAAUAGAGUAUACAUAUAUGGUAUAUAUAUACUUGAACUCGUACACAAAUACCGAAUCUACCAAAUAAAAUGUUGAACAGUGACGCUCAUGACGUAUGAACAAAAAUAGCCGCCUGUUGGAUUGUACAUUGUGGACUGUAUGUAUGCAUAUGUGUGUUCACCUCUGAAUUGUUGACAUGUACAGAUGUAUGCCGAUAGACCUACGUUCUAAACACACACACACUUUAAACGCCGUUUGUUGUCGGCACCUUCACUCAUGCUAAAUGAAUGAGUAUGCAAAAGUGUUUCUCUCUGAAAGCUCAUGGAUACGGUAGUGUGGCUUUACUUCUUUUCUUUUUUUUCAGUAUGCAAUCUGUGAGAGUUUGUCUUGACACAUGAUUGGGACAAUAUACAUUUCUCACAUCCACUGCUAGCCCCAGCUUCUACCUAUCAUAUAUUAUCAUUACAUUCGAAUCAAAGAGUUAAGCAACUGUCUUUAUGAAAGAUAAAUCCCUGGCGAGCUUUCAAAAACCAAGAAGUGUCAUUUAACAACACUUUCCACAGUUUUAAAGGUGUUUGCAAAGUCCUUAAAGUCUUUGUCUGUCCAGAUAAAAAAAUGUUAUGUUUAAAUGAUAGAUUCUCUUGAAAGUGAGUUGCUGAGACCAGCAAGACCAUUUCUCUUGAGAAAAGUCAGCACACUGUUGGUUUUAUUGAACUGCCAAAGCACACAUUUAAUUUCAGACAUGACAGAAUUAACGUUGAGUAGCUACAACUGAUAAAAUCUGCAAGUGUUGUUUGUCAUUUUAACUGUCAAAAGUAACAGUCAGUGCUAGCUAAAAAUGAGAAGCCUGCUCCCUAAAUGUUUUCUACAGUGCUCUUUGCCAGUAAAAAUGAGCAAAGAAAAAUAAAAAGGCUUGAUAAGAAGCUCCGCUAGCAUCUGAGCUUUGUAAAUCUGAGUACUUUGCUAACGGGGAACUGGAUCAGUCGGUUACUGGUACUAAACCCCUAUGUAAAUUACAUACCACCUUGCUCAUUUUGUACUGCAAAAAAUCUAAAUGUGUUAUGUAUAUAAAAAAAAAAAAAAAAAAAAAAAGAUUAAUUUA